AUGGAAGAUCAAAAGGAUCACCCCUGCCCACCCAUGCAGAGCCAACACUCUCCAAGCACCGGCCCUGCUGUGUGCCAGGACGGGCCAUUGGAUAUCAAAUAUCUCUCUCAGUUUCCCACAGGGAGAGGAAGACAGAAGAGGAAGGAGAGACCCAAUCCCCGGCAUUAUAUAAACCUUCUAAUAUUUAUGCAUGUCAAUGAACAUGUGAAUUUGGAUCCAAGCAUUUUACCAAACAUCACCCUUGGAUACCAUAUAUACGAUUCAUGUACAGAUCCCAGGAAAGCUGUGAAAAGUGUUCUACAGAUUCUCUCUGGAACUGGGAAGACUGUACCGAAUUACUCCUGUACGGAUAAAAAUAAAUUGGCAGGUUUUAUUGGGGAUCAUUAUUCAAUUACAACCAUUCCAAUAGCCCAAUUACUGGUGCUGUAUGGAUAUGCACAGAUCAGUUACGGAGUUACAGAAAUUGCGCUAAAUGAAAGACAUCUUUAUCCACAUCUUUUUCAUACACAUCAAAAUAAUCGUGUUUAUUUUAAGACCGUAUCAAAACUUCUGAAAACCUUUGGAUGGAGCUGGGUGGGGAUUAUUGCCUCGGACAAUGAUAGCGGAGACACAGACAUUCAGAUUCUGAAAAAAUAUAUCACGAAUCACGGGUUUUGUGUUGCCUUUUCUUUCAAAAUAAAUGUGAAUGACAAACUUAUAAAUAUUAAAAGGAAACUAAAGAUGGUUCAAAAGUCAUCUGCUCGUGUUAUUUUGCUAUGUGGCCCUUUUACUAUAGCGGUUGUUGAUAUAUUCGUUGCAACAAAACUAGACAAUGUGUUUCACGAUAAGACACUAAUUAUUCCUCCCUCCUGGGCUUCCAACUACUUUCUUACAGAUUUUAACAAUGAGCAACUCAACGGCAGCUUGGCCAUGGAUUUUUAUUAUAUGCCUUUACCCAAUAUGAGUUUCAUUGAUAAUAUCCACCCUUCGAAUCGUCCAGAAGAUAUACUUCUUGAGGAUAUUUGGUUAAUAGAGUGCAAUUGUUUAUCGAGAAAACCAAACAAAAAUAAGAUGUAUUCAAAUAUAUACAGAAUCAAACCAAACAACUGCACUGAGGGGAAAAAUCCAAUACUUACAGAUAUUUAUAAGGCUGAUAGCAUUUCCUCUGGAGUAUAUUAUUCAGUCAUUGCUAUGGCAAUAGCUUUCAAUCAAAUGCACUUAAAUAUGAAUGAUACAGUUCGUCAAGGAAAACACUUAUCAAACUAUAGGCAUAAACAUCAGAUCCCAAAAUCUCAAUGUUCAGAGAGCUGUUUACCUGGAUACAGAAAAGUCUUGAAACCCAGAGUGCAGACCUGCUGUUUUGACUGUGUUCAUUGUUCAGAAGGAGAGAUAUCAAACAGUACUGACAGUGUCAACUGCAUAAGAUGUCCAGAAAAUGAAUGGUCCAGUAACAAACGGGAUGAAUGUAUUCCCAAACUGGUGGAAUUUUUACCGUACAAUAAUGAAGCUAUUGCUGUAGUUUCUUCAUGUGUCUCAAUUAUAUUUUGUCUUCUUACUCUUGUGAUAUUAACUAUCUUUAUUAUUUUCCAAAACACAUCAAUUGUAAAAGCCAAUAACAAAACCCUCAGCUUUCUCCUCCUGGUCUCCAUCAUGCUGAGCUUCCUCUGCGUGUUUCUGUUCCUCGGACGUCCUGUAGACGUAACCUGCAUGCUGCGUCAAUCCACUUUUGCCAUCAUAUUCUCAAUAGCAAUCUCUUCUGUACUGGGGAAGACUAUCAUGAUCUGUAUUGUUUUUAAAGCUACCAAGCCCGGAAGUGUGUGGAAAAAGUGGGUCAAUAUAAAAGUGACAAAUUCUGUUGUUUUUCUCUGCUCAUUCAUCCAGAUAUUGAUAAAUGUCAGUUGGUUGGCUAUUUCUCCACCCUUUCAAGAGAUGGACAUAUACUCGUAUAAAGAAAAGAUCAUCAUUCAGUGUAAUGAAGGCUCAUUUUUUGCCUUUUCUUCUUCCUUUGGUUAUAUGGGGUUUCUGGCAGCAGUUAGUUUUAUUCUAGCUUUCUUGGCCCGGACAUUACCAGACAGUUUUAAUGAGGCCAAGUACAUCACCUUCAGCAUGCUGAUAUUCUGCAGUGUUUGGAUUGCAAUGAUCCCAGCCUAUCUGAGCACCAAAGGGAAAUAUGUGGUGGCUGUUGAGAUUUUUGCUAUUUUGACCUCAUCUGCUGCUCUGUUAUCAUGUAUAUUUUUUCCAAAAUGUUUCAUAAUAAUGUUUAGACCUGAGUUGAAUGUUAAAUCAAAUCUUUUUGGAUAUAGAACUAAUUAAAUU